AUGGUCCUCCACAACCCCAACAACUGGCACUGGGUCAACAAGGAUGCCCGUGAAUGGGCCCAGAAAUACUUUGAUGACAAGCUCACAGUCCUCACAGCUUCUUCUGGGGAGACUAGUGUCAAGGUUGAUAAAGUUGUGUCUGUAGAUGGAGAUGUUGACGUUUCCCAGCGCAAGGGGAAGGUUAUUACACUCUUUGAUGUUAAAAUGCGCCUCGAGUUCUCAGGCUCAACUGCGAGCGACCCAUCGGUCUCUGGAACCAUCACAAUCCCUGAAAUCGCCCAUGACACCGAAGAGGAUGAAUACGUGUUCGAGAUCGACGUCUACUCCGAUACCCCUACAAAAUCUCCUAUCAGGGACUUGAUCCGUAGCGAUUUAAUUCCGCAGCUCCGCGUCGCACUUGGACAGUUCUCCCCUGACCUUGUCGCUGAACACGGAAAAGACAUCCAGCACGCUCCCGGUACGGGGCCUUCCUACACUCCUUCUGCGCCUAUAAUUCCUGCUGCUGCUGCUAGUUCAUCUUCCACAUCAGUGAAGAAAACAACUAGCUCCGGCCCUAUCGUAAACACUGUUACGUUGACGGAUUCAAUUGAGUUCCAGACCUCAGCGGAGCAAUUGUACAGUGUGUUCGUGGACCCAGGAAGAGUAACUGCGUGGUCAAGGAGCACACCAAAGGUAUUUGAGCCAAAGGUUGGAGGGGCCUUUAGCUUGUUCGGAGGAAAUGUUGAAGGCGAGUUUAAGUGUUUGGAGAAGGACACCAAGAUUGUACAGAGCUGGAGAUUGGGAGGAUGGCCUAAGGGACACUACUCUACCCUAACCCUGGUUUUCGAUCAAGGUUCAGAUUCUACAACUCUGCGCAUGACCUGGGAGGGUGUUCCAGUUGGUGAGGAGGAGGUCACAAAGAGGAAUUUUGGCGAGUACUACGUCAAGAGCAUUAAGCAGACUUUCGGUUUCGGAGCCGUGCUGUAA